GCUCGGUUAGAACCAUCGCCUUUCCCCGUUCGUUGGGCCGCGCCACUCGAGCCUCUAUAAUUCGCCGAGCGUGAAGCCCUCCACUAAAGAGACACCGGCACAGGAACAUCGAAAUAAUGGUGGCGCUACGCGCCCACCAAGGGCUGUCUUCUCUGGUCGAGAAGCUGGCAGCUAUGACAGCGGUUCCGGCUAUCCGCGCACUCGACCUCACAAAUUGCAUCCUUCUCGAACCAAACGAAUUGCCUCUGCACAUCGGCAAAUGCACGGGACUCCACAUUUUGCGGUGCGUCGCCUGCCCGCUCAGGCCUAGCGCCCUGCUCCACUUAAUGCUAAACCGGCUUCCGCGUCUGAAGGAAGUUGAGUUCUCCCUCGUGGCUGAGACGGACGUGGACUCGGAAAUAAGGGAGGUGCACAACACCGCGUCACAAGUGCCAGGCACCCUGGCUCUCAGUCUCCGCCGCAUGUACGCCGAAGUGAGCGGCGACCUGAACUUCAAGCUCCUCUCGGCGCUCCUGAGCUACUGCCCGGAGCUGGACCAGCUGCGUGUUCAUUUCGUGCGCGGAAGCUUCAUGAACGCGCUCCUGGAAUGUAACGCCAUCCUCGAACAGGGCGUCAAUUUGGAAACAUUCACGUUCUGUUCCGAAGUGCCAACCUGCGACCCACGCCUGCCGUCCACACCACUGGACUCCACGAGGUGCGCGGCCGUCUGCGCCAACAUCAGCUACCAGAGGUCCAGCAACAAGUGGAACUGUGUCCUACUCCGAGAUCUCGCUGUCGGGUGCACAAAUCGCCUCCAUUUGCAGCAACAACUGGUCCUGGUUGCCGUCCACCACGCAGAAGGCAUCACGGCGGAAUGGAUUCGCGCGGCCACCCUUGGGCACUACUGGGAGAACGUGAGCCAACUUUGUCUUGUGCUGUUACCGGCACAGCCCUCCGACGGUGUAUACGUGACGGCUGGCGCCGCCUACCGCGACAGUCUUCGCGACUUUAUCUCCGUCAAGCUCAAGCAACUAGUCGAGCUUAACAUAAGCGCGUUCCACUUCGGCCCCGACCUCGACUUGACGGCACUGCUCCAGGACGGCUCGCUGGAGCAUCUGCACUCCCUCUCGGCGACCCCCUGCGGGCUUCGCCGCCCGUCAGCUCUGCGCCGUCUAGCGCAGAACUGCACCGAAUUCAAAGAACUGGACGUGCGCAUCGAUAGGCGGGGCAGCUUCGUUCGGUGCACCGUUUGCGAAGGUGAAUUCUACCUCGAUCCCAAAGACAUGCCGCAAAUGCAAGACGGCACCCCCAUGUUUCACAAUGCGCUUGUCAGGCUGACUCUGAGUGACGUGCAUGGCCGUAUCUCCCUUUGGCUCAUCGAGACCUGUCCUGCGCUUUCGGUGAGGUUGUCAGACUGCCCCAAUCCGUCGCACCCAGACUACCCGUCUUUGGGUCAGCUGCUCGCCAGAAACGGCUCGCUGAGUUGUCUCGUGCUUCGGCACGAUGCCCUGCCCUUCGGCGAGGCGUGUCUGCUGCGAAACAUCUGCGGCAUCGGCCGCCUGCAGUACCUGUGCCUUCUGUCAGCGGCGCCAUUACAGGACAAUGACGCCGAGGAAUCCAUGCUGACGUACAGCGACAGCCUGAAGCCUCGCAUAAAGUGUGUACACGUUCACUACCGAAGCUCUACCGACGGCAUCGAGAAGCGGAUCACGUGGAUGAGGCGGGCUGGCGCUCCAACCGGUGGUGUCCUGGUUCGAGGCGGUCCUUGCUUCAUCUAUUGCUCGACGGCUACGUUUAUAGGACUCUCCAAACCGCUGAAUCGCGACUUCACACAGAUCAUGUAGAUGAAGGCACGGCCGAGACAUAAUAUAAUGGCUUAGAUACGCGUAAAUGUGCCUAGAAUAAUGCAGCUUAUCAUUUGCUUUUUUUCUUUCGUAUCUUGGAAUACGUAUGCCUUAUCCUUUGUUUAUUUUUCUUCAUUCACUUAGUGUCUGAAAUCGCGCUAAAUGGGCCCUGUAACACUUCUUGAACUCGUUAAAUAAAUGUCGCUAC